AUGGAUGCUCGCCCAAAGACGAUAUACCUCCCAGACACUAUGGUUAACUGGCCCUGGCCUCGUACCAUCAAUCCUCAUUACGAAGAUGUGAAAGCUGAAGUCGAUGCUUCAUUCCGUGAUUUCAAGGCACUGAGUCCUAAGUCACAAGAAGCAUUCGACAAAUGUGAUAAUGUCCUCCUAACAGCACUGGUUUAUCCCGAGGCACCAAGAGAACACUUUCGAAUUGCCUGUGAUUUGAUGAAUUUAUUUUUCAUUUACGACGAGUACACCGACUUCAAAAAUGAUGCACUCACGAAGGAAAUGGCGGAUAUCGUGUUCGAUGCCCUGCAAAAUCCUCAUAAGAAACGACCAGAAGACGAAUGUAUUCUGGGCGAAAUCGCGCGACAAUUUUGGGCUCGCGCGAUCCAAUCCGCAAGCUUGUCUUCCCAACGUCACUUCCUUGAGACCUGUCCUGCAUACCUUUAUGCAGUGGUUGCCGAGGCUCUUGACCGUGGACAAGAUCAUAGGCGCAGUCUCGAUGACUACUUGAAGCUCCGGCGCAAAACUGUUGGCGUAAUACCUUGUUUCUCAAUAUUGGAGAUGGGAAUCGACCUUCCCGAUGAAGUGUUCUACCAUCCCGUGAUCAUGGAUCUUGCUGAAUGCAUCAUAGAUUUAGCUCUGAUCGACAAUGACAUGAUAUCCUACAACAAAGAGCAAGCAGUUUGGGACGAAGGCCAUAACAUCAUCAGUACCAUCAUGUUUGACCUCGGCCUUGACGUAAGCGGUGCAAUGGCCUGGGCAGCACACUAUCACACCCAAGUUCAGAAACGAUUCAUCGACGGUCUUGCGAAAGUUCCUUCGUGGGGACCUUCCGUUGACGUCCUAGUCAAAGAGUAUCUUGACGGGACAGCAAUGUGGGUUCGAGGCAACCAUUCUUGGUGUUAUGAAACUCAGAGGUAA